AUGCCCUAUGGUAUUGAUGGGCCACGAAUUACCAUCACUGGCGCCUCUUCAGUGCUCAUGAGGUACGUCUCGCUGCUGAAAACCGACACCUCCUACCCCCUGAAGAUCUUGUACUCAGUGCAUAAGGAGUUUUGCGGCUAUCGUGUUCACAUGCUUAUGCCGCCGCCAUCACCGCUGCAAGACAUAAUUAAGGGUCCACUGGCAUCAACGAGAAAGAUGGCGACACAAUUGGUGAGGCUUGAGGCCUGCAAGCUGCUGCACAAUGCUGGUGAGUUCUGA